AUGAAGGCUUGGGUGAUAUGUUUGAUGUUAAUAAGCAUUGUUCUGAUGGCAGGGCCAUCGUCAUCAGAAGAUGGGCGUAAAUUCUUAAAACCAGGAUUGCUCAAUCCAUGUUCCCGUCCUAAUCCUCCAGUAGGAUGCCAUCCCCCUGGAUCCGAAGGAAAACCUAAGGAGGAAGUUAACGAACAUAAACCAGGAUGCUCCAAAAUUAACCGGUGCCGCUCAGGUGAUCAUCCAUGA